AUGUUGAGCUUUACUUUUGUUCUUCGGAGUGUUGGAUAUUUCUUAUAUACAUAUGGUGCCAUCUUCCUUAUUAUCCUAAUUAUCUGGCAAGUGAAGAGGAGUUACUAUGGGUUAAGGUUGGAACCUAAAAGGAGCUGCUACCAGUGUCACCAAAAACUCAAGCCAAAAUCUAGGGAUGCAGUAUCAAAAGCUAGGAGACAUUUCCGGAAAGAAACGGAGAAGCCGUGGGAGCUGCUCUCUGUCAUGAAAAGCCAGGGCUGGCUUCCUCAGGAGGGAAGUGUGCGGAGGCUCCUGUGUGCAGAUACCUCCUGCCAAAUCUGCAAUGCCACGGCUCUGGAGAUCCAACAGUUGCUGGUGGAUGAGGACACCCCGAUCUAUGCAACUUCACCAGGACCAUCAGAGGGCUCUCCUUGCCUAAAGAUUUUGCCCAAGUCCAAUAUGUCUUUUGAGCAGAGUCUGGAGCAUCAUUCCACACAUACUCAAAAGCCCUCACUUCCAUCUGCAACCCAAACAGUGUCACAAUUAACAGCCAAGAAGUCCUUAUCCCGGUCAUUUACCCAGUCAGCUGGCCAAUCAGACGAUCCAGUGAGUAUGCAAGAUUACUUGGCUAAAAAUGUCAAUCUAGGACAGAGAAUUCAAAGUCAAGAUAUGCCUAGGUUGCAUGAGACUAUGUCUUCUUUACAGUUCGAAGGGCCUAGAAUUCCGGUGAACCAGCAGGAGGUGACACGACACAAUCUCAACCGUGUGUAUGGGAACCAAGGUCAGCCACCCUUGCAUCCCCAGGUCCCUAUGCUGACCCUGAACCAAGACAUCACUACCCUGACACAUUCUAUGGCCUUGCCUAUGGUCACUGUCCUCCCUUCCUACCUGCCAUUCUCCAGUCCUGAAGUCCUGAGGCUUCUUGAGGUACAUGUAAAAAAGUGGAUGCAUUUCCAGAGGUGGGGACUGCCCAGACGCGUAGAGGAGUCCCUGAGGCAGCUUAUGCCAAACCUACCAUUGUUUUACCAACUUGUAAACAACCAACCAGCUUCUUUCAUACAAAAUGAAUUCUCUGUAGAGAUUUUUGCGCCCAUUUCUUAUCAGACCUGGGGUCCAUGUAUGGCUGGCCAGGCUACCCAGGCAUUCUGGGUUUCUGAAUGGUCCAUUAUAAACCCAGUACAAAGACACCACUACCAGCAAAACCCAAACCACCUGGCUCUAGCCUUGCCCUCUCCAAUAUUUAAAGACUUAAGUGGCCUCUAUCCACUUACUGGCCAACAGGCUAAUGACUCAGUGGGCCAUUUACAGCAGAAACACAUCCAACUGUUCUGUGGCUUACCUUCCCUGCACAGUGAGUCUCUGGCUAAUGCCUCCUCGAGUUCUCUAGAUCACUCCACAGAUGGGAGCACGUCCAAGUUCUCCUUGGAGGAUCCUUUUCUCUUCAAGGAGCUGUCCUUCCUCCCUCUGUUGCCUAGAACUCCACCCCAGUCAGCCCCACCCUCUUCCUCAUCUUCCCCUAAUUGGGUCAUGCCAUCUGAUCAUCAACCAACUCAGAUCCAUGUCCCGUUUCUGACUCUGGCUGAGUGUGAAGCCUUAGAGUGUCACAUGCUGCAGAGGCAGCUCCAGAGUCAGUGGGGUUUGCCAGCUGUUCUGCAAAGAGCUCAGCACACCCAGAACCCUGUGCAAUAUAAGUCUUGUGGCACAGCCCAGUCUCCUAGGAUUGUGAAAACUUCCUGGCCGGGAAAGCCCAUUUCUGUUCUCACAAGAGAGCACGCCCGGAGGCUGCUGGACUUCCACCUCCAGAGGCAGCUGAUUCACCAUCGCUGGGGCUUGCCCCAGAUGAUCCAGCAGUCCUUCCAGUUGCUCCUGGCCCCCACUCACCAGCAGACUCCAUCCUGGAGCAGCACAGCCCUAGCCAAUGUGAGUGUUGCCCAACAUUCAGCCCUAGAGGCUACUGGUGCUGAUGACCCUUUCGCACCCUUUAAGGACCCAGUGUCAGUCCUCAUGCCACACUUAUUAGACCAGGCCAAGGCAAUACUGCAGAGCCACAUCAACUCCAAAUGUGGGCAGAUUCAUGAGGGUAAGGUCCCUGCCCAUGUGUAUAGGUCUUGUGAGUGCCUAAUUCCCGGGGGCCUCAAAGUGGCUCCCUUCACUUGCAUCCCAGAAAGCAAGCUCUUGGAACGACAGGCAGCAACCGACCCUGACCUACAACAGAAAGUUAGGCACCGGAUGCCAACAGUCCCUGAUCAGCAGCAAGAGACCUUCCCAGAUGCUGCCACUGAGCCUCGCAAGCUAACUCCAGCCCUGUCCAAGGAAGUCCUUGAGAAACUGGAGAUGAUUUUACGGCACAAGUAUCUGACCUUCUUAUCAGGGCUGAAUCCUCUUUAUUACGUGGCUCCCUCCAAGGCCAUGGCCCCAGCGAUCACUGCUCAUGCUGCCACCACAGAGGUGGUGCCUGAGGCCGUCAAAAUCUUAAGAGAACCUCUGACUCAGAUGAUCUCACUUGAAGAGCAGGAUCUAAGUCAUGAGCCAUUUUUUCAAGAUACCAAAGAGACUUGUGAAGAAAUUGCAGGUGAUUUUCAGUCUGAAGUGCAAGUGGAAGGAAUGAUUGAGAAGGAGCCUCUAGAAAGGCAGACAGAGUUGGCUCGGCCCUACUUAUUCAAGAAGCCCAUCUUGGCCAAACUAAAUUUCCACCUGAGAAGGAAGAUCUUAGAGAUACAAUGGGGAAUUCCCACAGAGGCAAGGGAGUCCAGGGAACAAACUGGAGCAACCCCAGAGAACACAUCCACACAGGAGUCUCUUGGGAGUCUAAACAACCAAGGAAAAACAUGCCUCCGGGAACUGCCCAUCCCACCAGACAUUCCCUGUACCCCACAUCCAGAGUGGCUCUCCCUUAAGGAACAGUUGUCCACUGAGUUAAAGGCGGUACAGCAGAACCAGAAGCAACCUAGUUCCAGAGCAGCACCCCAUGGUUCUGCCCAGGGGCCCUGCAAGAUGACUCAACCCUAUAGAGACAUGACAGAGGGCCCAGUGCCUUGUGUUCAGCUGGAGGCCAGUGUGAACCACCCCAGCCUGGAGGAGUCCCAGAUCCCUGAGUCCCAAAGCCCUGGCAAGAGCAAGUACUCAGCCCCAGUCCCCAUGCUGACUGAAAAGAAAGAGGACCCAAGGAAACCCAAAUCGUCAGAAAAACGUAGAGAAGGAGAUGCAGGGUUUGUGCUCUUAUCAACAAGAGAAAAAAGCCACCCUGUAGCCCAGAGGCCAAAAGGGAUGCUUCUGAACAGGACACCCCAAAACCCCUGGCUACGGAGACAAGGCUUUCGGAGACAUGGCUUUCGCCUUGAUGCUCUCUGUCAACAGAGUUCCCAGCAUCACCCUCAGCUUAAGCCCCCAGAGCUCCUUCCAGGAGUCCCUGGAGGGAAGGAAUCUAAGAAGAAUGACCUGCAAGACAAUCAAACCGGGCUCAAUGUCAGCCUCAAGGGAGCAAGGAUUCCUAAGAAUGCCCAGCCUGUCGGGCCCCAGGCGUCACAGGCCCAGCCUGUCCUGGCCCAACUCAUUCAGCAUAAGCCAUUACAGGGCCCAACUUUGCAAGGUCAGGUAUUGCAGGGGCAGGUGAUGCCAGCCCAUACUCACAAGAGGCCCAGCCUUCCAGAAUCAGACUUGAGAUAUAAGAUGAAAUCCUUUCUGCAGUAUAUCAACCUCAAGGCAAAAGGCAAAGAGCACAAGGAAUCCAUGUUUUUGACAGCUGUGAACGUGGCCAACACCAGAAAAGAAAAUGUAGCAAAGAGGCUGGCUCCAGCCAAAAGUCCCAUGGAGCAAACUAAGACAGAGAAGAAGAUCAGAGGGGACCCCAAAGUCCCAUCUCCCCUGACUGAGAAGCAGGUGGGCCUGGCCUCCUUGGAAGGCUCCCAUUCCCCAAACAGUAAGCUCAGGCACCGCUCCUGCUCCCAUCAACUCCAGUCUUCCUCAGGCUUAGGCCACCCCCAUCAUUGUCCUCGGCACUGUCCUCAAGUGGCUUGUGCCACCCAACCAGGAUCCCACCCCAACUCUCAACUCUCACCUCAGAGGGAAACGUUGGCCUGCUCAGGAAGACCCAGCACAAUCAAAGGACUUUGUAGGCUCCCCCAUGUCUGCAUCCCUUGAAGGGAUAGCUAUUGUCUUUGUCAUUAAUAUGUAGGUGGGGCACU